AUGUCUGACGCUGUUAUCUCCUACGCCUCUCUGAUCUUGGCUGAUGCCGGUUUGGACAUCACCGCCGACAGCCUGACCACCCUGACCAAGGCCGCCGGUGCCUCCAUCGACAACAUCUGGGCUGAGACCUUCGCCAAGGCCCUAGAGGGUAAGGACCUCAAGGAGAUCCUGUCUGGCUUCCACGCCGCUGGCUCCGCUGCCCCAGCCGCCGGCUCUGCUUCCGCUGCCGCCGCUGGUGGUGACGCCGCCGCCGAGGAGGCCGCUCCAGAGGAGGCCGCUGAGGAGUCUGACGAUGACAUGGGUUUCGGUUUGUUCGACUAA